AUGGGUCGUUUGGAUCGACUCGAACUUGAAAACUUCAAAUCAUACAAAGGACGUCAGACCAUUGGACCCUUUCAUAAUUUCACGUCAGUAAUUGGACCAAAUGGUGCAGGAAAAUCAAAUUUGAUGGAUGCUAUUUCUUUUGUUUUGGGAAUUAAAUCUGCUCAAUUACGUUCUACCCAACUUCGAGAAUUAAUCUAUGUUGGAACCUGGGUUAUGGCUGUAUAUAAAGUAAAAAAUGAUGAAGAAAUCAGAUUUCAAAGAAGUAUUACAAGAAUUGGAUCAAGUGAAUAUAAAAUUAAUGAUGAAGUGGUUAGUUUUGCAAAAUACAAUUCUGAACUGGAAAAGCAAAAUAUUUUAGUUAAGGCUAGAAAUUUUUUAGUUUUUCAGGGUGAUGUAGAGGCAAUAGCAUCACAAUCUCCCAAAGAUUUAACUAGGUUAAUAGAACAAAUUAGUGGUUCUCUUGAAUUCAAGGCGGAAUAUGAACGACUUAAAAUAUCACAAGAACGAGCUACGGAAAAUUCUACAUUUAAUUUUAAUAAAAAACGUGGUAUCAAUUCUGAAAUACAGGAAUAUCAAAAACAAAAAGCCCAAGCACUUCAAUUUGAAAAGUUACAAGCCGAAAAGGCACAAAUCCUUGUUCAAUAUCUUUUAUGGAAAUUAUUUCACAUUCAAGAAGAUAUAAGAGAAUAUCGAGAACAAAUAGAUAGUCAUAAUGAUAUAAUUAAAGAAAAACGACAAAUACAGAAAGGAUAUGAAACGAAUUUAAAACAAGCGAGGAUUGAACAAGCGAAAGUUCAUAAAGAACAAUAUCAAAUGGAAAAUGAGAUUAAAUUAAAAGAAAGAGAAUUAGAAGAAAAGCGUCCAGCUUUACUCACCGUAGAUGAGAAAAUUGCCCAUUCUAAACGAAAAUUAUAUCAAUUUGAUCAAAUUUCCGAAAAAGUGCAAAAGGACUUUGAUCGUCAGUCAAAACGUGUUGAAGAAUUACAGUUUGAAUUAGAUAAAAUUACUAAAGAUGCCGAAAAUUAUGAAGCUUCGUUAAAUGCUGAAAGUAAUAGUAGCAAAAGAAAUGCAAUGUUAAAUGCUGAAGAACUUGCGGAAUAUAACAGAAAGAGAGAAGAAGCUAAUAAAAAAACUAUUACUGAAAAACAACAACUCGAAAAUCUCAAACGACAAGAAAAAACUUGUCGUGAAUCUACUCAACGAAUAGAAGAAAAAAUGAUUGAUUUAGAUCGACGUCAUAAACAAUUGGAAGAGGAAAAUUUCUCUUUAUCAGAACAUAAAGAUAAGGUCGAAGCUUCUGUUGAACAAUUACAGAAAGAUCUUGAUAAAUCAAAGCAAGAACUUCAGGCUAUUAUAGUUGAAAGGGAAUCUAUUAAUCGAAAAGAAAUUUACUUAAACCGUGAAUUACAAGAAAUUUUAAAUAAAAUUACGGUGGCCAAUGUAGAUCGGAAUGAAUCGGAAAGAGAACAAAAAAUGAAGGAAUGUAUAGAAAGUUUGAAAAGAGUAUUUUCGGGUGUGCACGGACGUCUCUUAGAUUUAUUUACACCCAGUCAGAGAAAAUAUGCUGUUCCCGUUUCAAUUAUUUUGGGAAGAAAUUUAGACGCGAUUAUUGUUGAACAACAAAAAACUGCCAUCGAAUGCAUUCAGUACAUGAGAGAACAACGAUUGGGACAUGCGACAUUUAUCCCUCUUGAUACAAUCAUAGUUAAACCCAUAAAUGAUAAAUAUAGAAGUUUCAUGAAAGGUGCCAGAUUAGCUAUAGAUGUUGUUACGUAUAAUAAUAAAUUAGAACGCGCAUUUCAAUAUUCUUGUGGUAAUGCAUUAGUAUGUGAUACUUUAGAAAUUGCUAAACAUAUAUGUUAUGAAAAGAAUCAACAAGUUAAAGCUGUCACACUUGAUGGUACAAUUAUACAUAAAAGUGGAUUAAUCACUGGUGGACAUAGUGAUGAUAUUCUUUCAGGCGCAAAAAGGGUAACAGAAAAGAAACGAGCUGAUAAUUUGGAAGGAUUAAAGCGGCAAAGAGAUGAAAUAUUUUUAAAAUUAAGUAAUCUUAAUAAAUCUAAACGUAGAGGUAAUUUUGAAGAACAAAAAAAAAGUGAAAUAUCUGGUUUAGAAUCGAGACUUGAACUUUCUCAACAAGAUUUAUUUGAAUCCACUCAAAAAUUGACGGCUAUCAAUGACGAAUUAAAAGUUAUUGCUAAUGAAGUUAUAAAACUUCAACCACUUCUAAAUCAGGAUUUUGUUUUUUAUGAUUUUUGUCAAAAAAUUCAAGUCACAAAUAUUCGCGAUUAUGAACAAAGACAAUUAAAAAUGGCCCAAGAAGCUGCUGAAAAUAGAUUGAGAUUUACCACGCAAAAAUCAAGACUUCAAAAUCAAUUAAAGUUUGAAUCAGAACAACAGAAAGAAACUCAAGAUCGAUUGUAUAAACUGCAUACAUCUAUUCAAGAGGAUAAACAAAGGUUGGUCGAGUUGGAAGAAGAAAAAAAUCAAUUAUUAAGAGACAAAAAACGUAUUUCUGAUGAAAUUACCGAAAAACAAGAAAAGUUAAAUGAAAUUAAAAAAGAAUUCGAUAUUAAGACAGUUGCUGAAUCGGAUAUAGAAAAACUUGAAGCUGAUAGAUUUUCGAUAUAUAGAAAGUGUAAAUUAGAGGAAAUAGAUUUACCACUCUUAAGAGGAUCUCUUGAUGAAGUAUUAAUUAAUGAAUCAAAUUCCGGUUUGACUAAUAUUCAAGUUAAUUUUGAUUCUUUGACAGAAGAUUUAACCGAGAAUAAUGGAAUAGAAGUUGCAAAAGAUUUUGAAAAAAAGAUUGAUGAAAUAACGAGAAAAAUGGAUGAAAUAUCACCUAGUUUAAAAGCUAUUGAAAGGUUGGAUGGUAUAGAACAACGAUUACAAGAUACAGAAAAAGAAUUUGAUAGUGCAAGACGAGAAGUCAAAUAUAAACAUUUUCAUGAAGCAUAUGAUCACAUUGCAGAAAAUAUUGAUAAAAUCUAUAAAGAAUUAACGAAGAGUCGUAGUUUUCCUUUGGGAGGAACUGCAUAUCUUAGUUUAGAAGAUACAGAGGAACCAUACUUGGAUGGUGUGAAAUAUCAUGCUAUGCCUCCUAUGAAACGUUUUCGAGAUAUGGAACAAUUAUCUGGAGGUGAAAAAACAAUGGCUGCAUUAGCUUUAUUAUUUGCAAUUCAUAGUUAUCGCCCAUCUCCUUUCUUUGUACUUGAUGAGGUUGAUGCAGCUCUUGAUAAUACAAAUGUGGGAAAAAUUGCAAAUUACAUUAGAGAACAUGCAUCAGAUAAUUUUCAAUUUAUUGUCAUUUCUCUCAAGAGUACUUUAUAUGAAAAGGCUCAAGCGUUAGUUGGAAUAUAUCGAGAUCAAGAGAUGAAUAGUAGUAAAACAUUAACUUUACAGUUGGAUAAAUAUCAAGAAUAA